AUGGCGGGCCAUAAAGAGGGAUGGGACUCGAGCGGUGCUCCCAAGGUGGCGCCCGCAGACGUGGCCCGGGGAUUGGCUUCCAUGCCUGAGAAGGAAGACCCAGAAGCAGAGCUGACUGGGUCCCCCCCAGCCUGUGCCUCCUCCGUUCCCCGCAGGCUCUUCGCGGCAAAAUGCAGCGGCUGCAUGGAGAAGAUCGCACCUACCGAGUUUGUGAUGCGAGCGCUCGAGUGCGUGUACCACCUGGGCUGCUUCUGCUGCUGUGUAUGCGAGAGGCAGCUGCGCAAGGGUGAUGAAUUCGUGCUCAAGGAGGGCCAGCUACUGUGCAAGGGUGACUACGAGAAGGAGAAGGAUCUUCUCAGCUCCGUGAGCCCUGACGAGUCUGACUCUGUGAAGAGUGAGGAUGAAGAUGGAGACAUGAAGCCGGCAAAGGGGCAGGGCAGCCAGAGUAAGGGCAGUGGAGAUGAUGGGAAGGACCCGAGAAGGCCCAAACGGCCCCGGACCAUCCUCACCACGCAGCAGCGAAGAGCCUUCAAGGCUUCUUUUGAGGUCUCCUCCAAGCCCUGUCGGAAGGUCCGAGAAACACUGGCAGCAGAGACAGGCCUCAGCGUGCGUGUGGUCCAGGUCUGGUUUCAGAACCAAAGAGCAAAGAUGAAGAAGCUGGCUCGGCGGCACCAGCAACAACAGGAGCAACAGAACUCCCAGCGGCUGGGCCAAGUUCACUCAGCUCUCAUGGAAUGCCUCCAGGCCAGGAUUACCAGGCAUACCUCAUGAGGAAACCGAGGCCUGGGGGAAUCCAGGGACCUUCUGGGAUCACACCACUAGCAAGGAGCAAAGUUGCCUGUGUAUAGGGCUCCAACCUGCACUUUUAGAGGUGACAUACACUGGCUUCUCACUCAUUCUGUGAAAGUGCCCCAGAAAAGCUAGGUGGAAUAUGGAGACGCCCCUGGUGGGUUGCCACUAGCAGUGAGGAACCAGUCCAUGGAGCAGAAGGCAUGUCCUCUGGAGCUGGUCUUCACUCGGAAAUCUGUUUCAGUGCCAACAGCUUGGGCCAGGGAUGGUAUCCAUGGCUACCCUGGGACAUGGAGACUUUGAAGUUAUGGAGGGAGGAGGGUGCAGAGCUCCAGAGACUUGCCUGUGUGGUGCAGGGGA